UAAUAUUUUUUUAUAAAUGCAGUGUCCAUACUCAUAGUGAUAGUGUACUCCUGAUAAAAUGGGAAAGCUACAAUCUUUUUACGUUGGUUUUAAUGAAGGCAAAUCAGUGUUUCGACCUGGGGAGAGUGUAUGUGGAAGCAUUGUUAUAAACCUUGCUGCUCCAAUGAAAAUGAAAGCUGUCAAGAUCAAGUUUGUUGGAAAAGCAAAUGUGCAUUGGUCGGAAUCAAGGGGCAGUGGUAAAAAUAGGCGGACAGUUCAUUACAGAAGUUCUGAAACUUACUUUGAACAGACUUCGUAUGUUUAUGGGCAAGGGAGUAUGGGGCCAUAUCAAAAUGAAAAGAAACUUCCUGGUGGUCAAUCCAAUUUCCCAUUCCAAUUUAUAUUGCCUCCACAAUUGCCUUCAUCUUUUGAAGGAGCACAUGGUUACGUUCGAUAUGUGGUACACGCAUCAAUUGACAAACCAUGGAAAUUUGACCCAAACACAAAAACUGCAUUCACUGUUCUUGAUAUGCUUGACCUAAAUCAAGAACAACAUGCCAGGUCUCCAGCAACCAUGAACGAUUCAAAGACAUUAUGUUGCUUGUGCUGUGCAAGUGGACCAAUAGCAGCAGAAGUACAUAUUGAUAGAACGGGUUACGUUCCAGGGGAAUUCAUCGCUGUCAAUGCUAAUGUUGAAAAUGGAAGUUCUUCCAAGCUACCUGGUACUUCAGCAUCUAUCAUACAGAGUGUGACUUUUAAAACAACUCGAAAAUCACGAACACGUUCAAACACGGUUGUUGAAAUAAAUGGGCAAGGCAUGGAUGCUGGGAAAUCACUUCAAUGGAAUAAUGAACGGUUACAAGUGCCAGCAUUACCACCAUCAAUGUUAAGAUUCUGUAAUAUCAUAGAUAUACAAUAUCAUCUACAGUUCACAGUUGUUACACCUGGCACUAGCAUUAAUCUGCGCUUAAAUUUGCCAAUUCAAUUGGGCACUAUCCCUUUGCAAGGUCUAACACCUUACUCUAUUCACCCUCCUAUGGGGAGUUUCCCUGUUUCUUCACCCCCUGUUGAACCCAGCGCCCCACCACCCCCAACAUAUGAACCCCCCCCACCCACAUACAUGGCUGCUGUAGGUGGAGAAGUUAACAUAAGAGAUGAAGACGACAAUGAACACAUUGUAGGUGGUACUAGCUAUGCACCACAGUAUACUUACUAUGACUGGAGUCAGUCUGCUUUUACUUACACAAACUAAAACUAGUUUUACAUGAGUUAAUGUGAAUAUUGUCGGUACACAGUGUACAGUGUAACGGUCACGCCUUUUACACAAAACUUUUUUUCUUUUUAUCAAUAUGGUAUUUUAGUAAGCCUUGUUUUACUGUUACUACCUGUUUUUUCGUUUUGUAAACUCUAUUGUUUUUCAUUAUCGUGACUGAAAAGAGGAACUACAUUUCAUUCAUUUAUUCAUAAAGCCAUUAAAAGUCUUUUUUUUUUCAGGCUUAAUUAGUCAGAAUACAUUUGUACAUUUAAAAACACCUUUAAAGUAUUGUUUAAAAUUGUUUCUUACGUAUUACCGAAAUUUCUAAAUGCAUUAUAUAAGACUACAAAUUGAUACAUUUUAAAAUUUUAAAAUACAAUUUAACUAAAAUA